AAGGGGAUUGGAUUAGCACCACUCGUUUUACGUGGGAUUAGGAUUAGGAUUAAACAGGACGACGACGACGACCCUGUGUUUCUGGCUACAGUCUAUCACUUUCGGCCACCGUGAUCACAUCCUCCUCCACCUCAUGCUAAUCCGUAUUUAAUGGCAAAUCGAGUUGGCAGAGAUUAUAAAGAAAGUUAAAGUGAAAGCUAAAUACAAAUUGGAUUAUUUAUUUUAUUUAAUUGUGUCGUUAAAACUUUGUUUAAAGAAAGUUUGGUUUGUUAAUUAUCAUCAUUAUCAAAAAAGUGACCACUUUUCACUCCGAGAUAUGAAGAAACGUGUCUGUGCGAUUGCGAGUUAAAGUUUGCGUUUAUCGUAGUUCGUAAUUUAGUCUCAAGUAAGUCUAAAAUCGGUUAAAAAGUGGUAAUUAUGACGCCAAAAUUGGGGAAAAUGUCCGGUACGGAGAACGAGUACUGGUGGACGGAUCAAGCCCUCGCUUUAGCGUUGGCGGAACACCCGGGCGAAUUGACGAGAACGGGAAGCCCGUACUUUCUCUGCUCUCUACUUCCGUCUCACUGGAGAUCUAAUAAAACUCUACCGGUCGCUUUUAAAGUAAUCGCCCUCGGUGAAGUUAUUGACGGUACGGUGGUCACAAUCCGGGCUGGAAAUGAUGAAAAUUUUUGUGCCGAAAUUAGAAAUUCGACCGCAAUUAUGAAAAACCAAGUGGCGAAAUUUAACGAUCUUCGCUUCGUAGGGAGAUCUGGGAGAGGGAAAAGCUUCACUUUGACGAUAUCCAUUCAAACGGCACCAGUUCAAGUUACCAGUUACAUGAAAGCGAUUAAAGUGACGGUCGACGGUCCGAGAGAACCGAGAUCUAAAACUCGUCAACAGCACCAAUUUCGUGGCCUGACCUUGGGACCGCGCAGUUUCUUCCCAGAGUUGGAACUCCACCGGAGAAAGUCUGCCUCCGAGUAUGGCACCACCAACGCCACGACCACGACCGCCUCCAACAACAACAACUCGACCGGAUUCUCCAUUAAGUUCUCACCCACGACCUCAAUUUCUUCCACUAGUUCAAAUCCUAAUGAAAUGCCAAACGCUCUCACCUACGACACGACGAGUUGGCCGACGUACUCCACGGGAGCCGGCCCAUUUACUAAUUUUGCUCAGUCUGCCUCCGCUUACAAUGAUAUCAACCCAUCCGCCGGUGUGGUGGAUCCUUAUCCCAGCACGGCGCUAAUUCCCGUCAGCGACACCCACAUGGCGAUGGCUUCUUCCGAGUACUUUUCCACAUCUUCGGGUGGGACGACGUAUCACCACAUGACUUCCUCCAGCCCCUCUGCCCUCCAGCAUCACCACUCCCUCCACGGAAUGGGCUACAUGGGUCAAUCCCACCACCACACCCACCAAUUUUACACGCAUCCCCACCACACCCACCAAGCCUACUACCCAACCACGGCGAGCCAGCAGAUGACCUCGUCCCCAUACUCGACCCUCUACCAAGCCAAUCCCUCUGCCGGAGGAGCAGUCUCAUUUUACCCGUCCGCGUCGUCUGUCCCUGUCGUGGAGAAGUCGGACCUUACCAUCACCAUGUACACACCCACGACGAGCAACAAUUUGCUGGAGCACCACCGAUCUCACCUGCUCCAUCAGCACCAUCACCCCAUGGAAGAGCAGGACGACGACCAGCAGCAGCAGCAGCAACAGCAGUCCAGUGAUCCGAGCGGGGCAGAUGACGCCAUGACGGGCGACGUGCGAGGGGUGCAAAGUGGUCAAUCCGGCGAUGCGGUCGGGGUUUGGCGACCCUACUGAAAAAAGUGGGAGGAGAUUUUGUCAUAUUGUACAAAUUGGUUAGGUUCUGUUCAUUUUAGGCGCUACAAAUUCACCGGUGUUUUGUUUUUCACUUUAAAUUUCAAAAUUUAACGGCAAAUUUUUCGUCAUAAUUUUUUAGCUAAGAUUAGUUAAUUACAUUAAUUUUGCCUAUAUGUUUUUGCUCACUAUGAUGUAUUAAAUUCAGUUUUUUUCAUUCAUUAUAAUGCAAACCGGUUUAAAGUUCCUAUGAUUUUGUAAAUAUGUAGUCUACUGCAAAUUAUUAAGUUAAAAUGGUACGAAAAUAAAUUAAAUAUAAGAUUUUGAAAUUUAAAACUGUCUUGUUGGACCACCAUGCACGACAGGAAAGCUGGAUGAAUCAGAGCAUUUAGCGAGAAAUAAAGUGACGAUGAAGAAACAAA